GAUGGGAAAGAGCAGUGGAGCCGCAGGAGAGAGAUACAGAAGAGACAGGCUGUGGAGGAGGAGACGCGCAGCUUCAUCUUUGCCUGGAGAUGAGAGAUACUCUUAUCAGACACUGAGCAACAGGAUUUUUCUUCUUAGCGCCGCCAUGUAUUUUGGUAAUGUGUGUCACAGCGCUCUGCCGCCGCUAACUCGUCCCAUCCUGUGCAGGACCCCAACAUCCCCAGAUGCCAAGCCCCUCCUCCCCUUCCACCUGCUGCCUGCAUUCAAUGAUAUGGAUCCUGUCCAUAAAGCUCUGAUUGGACCAGGUUUUGGGCUGAUCUCACCACUGAAGAGAAAGGCCAGUGCCUGUGGAGUGUGUCGACUGAGGUUCAACUCUGAGGCGCAGGCUACUUCCCAUUACAGUGGCACCAAACAUGCAAAAAGGCUGAAAUCUCUCGAUGCCCCCGAUUCAAAGAUCAAGACCUCUGAACCGGCUGCCAAGGAAACCACAUUGCAAAUCCUCUCGUCGCCCUGCUCACAGCUCUCCGUCUCUGACACAUCAUCAGGAGAACCACCAGAACCAAACCUUUCCCCAGAGGUGUCAACAUCCAGCAACAGCCCAGCUGAAACCAUGAAAGCACCCUCCGAGCCCUCCCUGUCACCCAGCCACCUAACGUCAGAGAGGGAGACACAAAGAGACAGAGAGGCCGAGGUGACUCUAGGGGAGGAAACAGAAGAAGAAAAAGCUAAACGUCUGCUUUACUGCUCCCUCUGCAAAGUGGCCGUCAACUCUGCCUCCCAGCUGCAGGCACAUAACAGCGGCACGAAACACAAGACAAUGCUGGAGGCGAGGAGCGGUGAUGGAGCCAUCAAGUCCUUCCCAAGAGCAGGGGUCAAGGCGAAGACGGCGGCACCAUCCGAGUCCUCAACUGGACUUCAGAACAAAACUUUCCAUUGUGAGAUCUGUGACGUGCACGUCAACUCUGAGACUCAGCUCAAACAGCACAUCAGCAGCAGGAGACACAAGGACAGAGCAGCAGGUAAACCAGCCAAGCCGAAGUUCAGUCCUUACACUCCCACCCAGCGUCACCAGAGUUUCCAGGCAAUUCGUCUCGCUCUACAGAAGAACCAAGACAUGACCAAACCUUUGGCUUCGUGUCUACUACAGCGUCAACUUUCUGUUGCUGCUGCUGCUGCCAUGUCAACUCUGCCAUCCUUCCCUCUCCGCCCGGCUUCAAACUCUAGCCCCGCCCUGUUUCAGACUCAGUCCCUCUCACAGGCGAUGCUGCAUCCAGCACCCAGACCCAGUAUCUGUUCAGCACACACACCAGUUCUGUUUUCUCCUUACUGACCAUGUCAAAGUCUCAAAUAGGUCUUAACUAUUGCCUGAAAAAGAGACAGUGCUUACUGUGCUCCAGAUAUCAGCAGAUAUAGUGGUUGUCAUGGACCAGGAAAGGUUAUUUGCUGAGGCUAAAUUCACAAGGCAGCUUGCAAUGGAGGAGGUACAAAGCAGCAGAUAAGCCGAUAAAAGUGUGUGUGUGUGUGUGUGUGUGUGUGUGUGUGUGUGUGUGUGUGUGUGUGUGUGUGUGUGUGUGUGUGUGUGUGUGUGUGUGUGUGUGUGUCUGUCUGUCUGUCUGUCUGUCUGUGUGUGUCUGUGCGUGUGUGCGUGCGUGGGUGGGUGCAUGCACAGGUAUAGCCAUCACAGAAGCACAACUUUCCCCAACAUUUUCACUGUCCUGUAGCUUCAUUCCUCAACCAAAUCAGCAUUCUUUGUAUUACACUUCAUGCAAACGUGCUACACACAGAAGUAUACAAGAGUUCAUUUGCAAAAACAGAUAACUCAGUUUUUAUACAUUUUCAAAAAAACAUUUUUCUUUUUGAUAUAGAUUCCUAAUAAAGUUAAAUUUUCAAGAUAUCUCUGAUAGUGAAGUCAUUUUGACUUAGUCAAAGCCACCCAACCUCAGUUGAUUGAUCAUACCAAAACCUUGUUUUAGAUUAAUUUUUUUAAAUUUCAAAGGUGAGUUAACUGUUUUUGCAAAUUAACUCUUCAAAUGUAAACAAACUUUUUUUCAUUUAGUUAUAUUUUUAGGAAUUUUCGCCUUCAGUGGAUAGGACAGCUGAAGAGAGACAGGAAAUGUGGGGAGCAGAGAGCGGGGAAAGACAUGCAGCAAACGGUCUAGGCUAGGAGUUGAACCAGCAACCGCUGCAACCAGGACUAUAGCCUCUGUAAAUGGGGCGCAUGCUUAAACUGCUACACCUACGUGCCCCAGAACAAACUUUUAAAAAAGCAGUUACAUUUUUUACAUCCAGAGCAUUAGAGGAGUAAAAACAAUAGUAUUCUAGGAAUUAAUAAACAAAACAAAAACAUUUAAUAAAGUACCAAAGAUGAACCUGGACUAAGACAAGGAUUACUACAUAAGACUCACAUAAAAAGGGUCUAAUUGCAUCAUUCUAAACUUCCCUGAUGGCUGUUACUGUGUGUUAGUGUGCGCAUUUGCUAAUAAGUAUGACUGCCAAUCAGAGCAUUCAUGACUGAAAAUGUUCAUUAUUUUGCAAUAAACAAGAGCUGUGUAUACUCACA